CCUGCUGUUGCGCAAAAGGAAACUUGUAGCCAAGAUGGCGGCACUGUUUAAAGCACGGAGAGCUCUAGGAGUGGCAGUGGGCCAUGGCAUCCGUUCUCUGACCCAGCUCGCAGAGUUACCCGAGCUGCACCAGAUGAUGAGACAGACGUGUCGAGAUUACGCUCAAAAAGAACUUGCACCAAUCGCUGGCCAGCUGGACAAAGAUCACAAGUACCCGGCCAAGCAGAUUCGAGAGCUCGGAGCGCUGGGCGUCAUGGCCGUCGAGGUUCCGGAGAGUCUCGGAGGCGCUGGGAUGGAUUAUCUGGCGUACAGCCUCGCUGUGGAAGAACUCAGCCGAGGAUGUGCUUCCACGGGAGUUAUCGUCAGUGUGAAUAAUUCGCUGUACUUGGGCCCGGUUCUGAAGUUUGGCACGGAGGAACAGAAAAAGCAGUGGAUUACUCCCUUUACCACGGGAGAGAAAGUGGGCUGUUUCGCUCUGAGUGAACCAGGAAACGGCAGCGAUGCAGGUGCGGCAUCGACGUCUGCACGACAGGAGGGAGACGAGUGGGUUCUGAAUGGUACGAAGGCCUGGAUCACCAACUGCUGGGAUGCAUCUGCGACUGUUGUUUUUGCCACUACGGACAAGAGCCUAAAACACAAGGGAAUUAGUGCCUUCCUCGUGCCAAUGCCUCAUCCAGGGUUGUCUUUAGGGAAGAAAGAGGAUAAACUUGGAAUUCGGGCUUCAUCCACUGCCAAUAUCAUUUUGGAAGACUGCCGCAUCCCACUGGGCAACAUGCUGGGCGAGCGGGGAAUGGGCUUCAAGAUAGCAAUGCAAACUCUGGACAGCGGACGGAUCGGAAUAGCUUCACAGGCUCUUGGAAUCGCACAGGCGGCUCUAGACUGUGCUGCAGAUUAUGCUCAUAAGAGAACCGCCUUCGGUGCUCCCAUUGGAAAGCUGCAGGCAAUACAGUUCAAACUGGCAGACAUGGCCCUGGCAGUAGAAAGCGCUCGGCUUCUCACCUGGAAAGCUGCACUUCUACGGGAUGCAAAGAAACCAUUUACUAAAGAAGCUGCAAUGGCUAAACUGUCUGCAUCCGAGGCUGCUACCUUUGUCUCCCAUCAGGCCAUUCAGGUGUUGGGAGGAAUGGGUUACGUAACGGAUAUGCCCGCAGAGAGACACUAUCGUGACGCGCGCAUCACAGAAAUCUAUGAAGGCACCAGUGAGAUCCAGAGAUUAGUCAUCGCAAACAAUAUUCUCAAAGAAUAUCAACAGUAGGAGAAUCUCGCUCUCAAAUAAUCUGCCGUUACAUCCCUGGAAUCUCUUUUUUUAUUGGCAAACCACAUUACUGUGACUAAAGUGGUGGGAUAUGAAGAAAUGUGUUGAUGUUCAAUUGGAGACCGACUGUUUGGUUUUUGCAUUAAAUGCAGUUCUUUGUUUUGCCACAAGAGUGCAGUAGAGUGCCUGACUUUGGUCUUGCACUGGAUUUGGGAAAUAACCCCUGAACUUUGCAUAUUUCACUGGGGAUUUAAAUGCAUAUGUGAUUGUAUAUAAUAUGUAUUUAUGCAUUUUUGAAUAAAUCAUGUCAUGUUACUAA